CCGGAGCGUUCUUGGAACGUCUGCGAUUGUUUCCCGAUCUGGGCCUCGUUCGACUGCGGCGGGUCAGCGGCACUGAGCCUGGGAGGCGGCAGCCCGGGGACUGAACCUCCUCCAUACACUGCAUUCAGCUAACCGGGAAGAUGGCUACCGAGAAUGUCAGCGUAUUGUUUAAAGUGUACUGCUUGUCAGUAAUGACGCUUGUGGCAGCUACUUAUACUGUAACAUUACGGUACACAAGGACAGUCUUAACAAAGAUGUAUUUUUCAACCACUGCUGUUUGUAUCACUGAAGUCAUCAAACUAAUUCUGAGUUUAGGUAUGUUAAUAAGGGACACUGGGAGUUUGAGGAGGACGCUGUCAACUUUGCAGGAGCAUAUACUAAGAAGUCCCAAGGAAAUGCUGAAGCUCAGUGUUCCAUCUCUAGUGUAUGCUGUUCAGAACAAUAUGGCUUUUGUGGCACUUAGUAAUUUGGAUGCAGCAGUGUAUCAGGUGACGUAUCAACUAAAGAUCCCCAGUACAGCGUUGUGUACGGUCUUUAUGCUGAACCGUUCACUCAGCAAAGUGCAGUGGAUGUCUGUGUUUAUGCUGUGUGCUGGGGUAUCACUAGUCCAGUGGAAGCCUGUAGAAACUACAAAGGUGCAGAUUGAACAGAAUCCACUUUUGGGAUUUGUUGCCAUAGCCAUUGCAGUGUUGUGUUCUGGUUUUGCAGGUGUUUACUUUGAGAAGGUGCUGAAAAGUUCUGAAACGUCUCUGUGGGUGAGGAACAUACAGAUGUAUAUCUCUGGCAUUGUGGUCACUGCAUUUGGAGUUUUUGUGAAUGAUGGCGCCCAAGUGAUGGAGAAGGGCUUCUUCUUUGGGUACACCCACUGGGUCUGGUUUGUUGUAUUAUUAGCAAGCCUUGGAGGUCUGUACACCUCAGUUGUUGUGAAGUACACAGACAACAUUAUGAAGGGAUUCUCAGCUGCUGCAGCAAUUGUAAUUUCCACAGUUGCUUCCAUGUUGUUGUUUGGCUUGCAGAUAACUCCCACCUUUGUAUCUGGAGCCAUUCUCGUCUGUAUUGCAAUAUACUAUUAUGGUUUACCAAAGCAAGAUACAACGACAAUUCAACAGACUGUAACAGAGAAGUCCAAACUGCCACUGGAAGAUGUGUGAUCAUAAACACUUCAUUAAGAAAAGGCAAAACGUGAAGAGUUUUAAAAAAACCUUAUCUGCAUCCUCUCCCAGCUUUUACAAGGGAUGUGGAUAUUUUCUAAAAUGCAAAUCUCCAUUGGUUAUUGAUUCAUGAAUCCUUUUUUUGCACUUUAGUGCCAACAAGGUGAAGAUCUGUUAUGCAUUGUGACAAUCCAACGAACGCAGCUAAGUUAUUUAACAAGUUUAUAAAGUAGCCGUUUUUAAAAAUCUACUUCCGGAAGGAGCUGGUAAUAUGGAGUUAUGUUUCAAACAGUCACAGAAAUCUUUGGUAGACUUUUCUUUCACAUGGCCUUUUUUAAAUGCAAACUUUUAAAAAUCAGUACUUUGCAGCUGCCAUGUUUGUUAUACUUUUUAGUUACUGGGUUACUCAGUGUUGGUCUCCCUAGUUGGUAUCGGAAGCAAUUGUUCCCUUGCAAAUCCUGAUUCUUCUGUAUUUUUUUUCUCUUGUUGCUGCUGUACGAUUAAUUUUCAGUAGCUGCCUCUGAAAACAGGGCAAUUAACUUGUAAAUCCAUCAUGUGAUUUGGCUGGAAUAUGUGCAAAGACUUUUUUUCCAAAAUUGCUGUUUACGUUGCUACUUGUGUUCUACAUGAGCAAGAUUAAUUUUUAAAUUGCAUUCUUGUUAUCAUUCACCAAUAUCAACAUUGACAUUAUACAGGAACCAGAUUUGAGACAAAAUGACUGGUUUGAUCUGAUCUCUUAAACUUGUCUGCGUGCAGUUGCAGGAUAAUCUAGAAGAUUGUAUUUGGUGUUGCAGAUCAGGGAAGUAGUAUGUAUUCUGAAAUCCCUUUUCGUACCAUUGACUAAGACAAAGUGAUUGCCAAGAUGUUUUGUUGAUCACAUCAAACAUGAGCCUGUUAUCAUCAAACUUGGUGUCCUGUAUUUACUACUACAAUCGUCCAUGGAGAAUUUAGCUGUAAGACUUCUCCCAUUAUUUGGAAAGUAAAAGAGCACAUCCAGAACCUCACUUCCCCCACCAAGACAAUAAUGUUGGGAUUUUCUUGUUUUUCUGUUGCUAGUUCCUCCAGAUUAUCAAACGUUUCUGAACUCUUUGUUUCUUUUAAAUCUCUGUAACCUUCAAUAAUGUUCUACUUAUGUGAUGAGAAGUGUUGUUUUUGUUGCUAAAAUAAUCCAUAAAAUAAAUCCUUUCUUAAGUUUAUUCUUAA